GCCAGCCUUUAUUUUAUUUAAAAAAAAUCGAAAAAGUAUUUGAAAAACAGAGCGGUUACAACGGUUGUAACGGAUGGUAAAGGAGAGAAGAACCUCAAAAUAGAGAGAGAACAUUUACAGAGAUGACUUUUUGAUUCUCAAGGUAGAAGAAGAAAAGGGUACACAGAGAGAGAGGGAGGAGCGAAAGAGAUAGGAGGGAGGGGGCUUGAGGAUGAAGCUGUGGAAACGAGCUGCCGCCGCAAUCAAAGACCGGAAAAGCUUAUUAGCCGUGGGAUUCUCACGGCGAAACAGCUCUUACCGGAACGCGGAUCUCGAAGCAGCUAUCAUCAAAGCCACCUCCCACGACGAUUCCUCCGUCGACUACUCUAACGCUCACCGAGUCUACAAAUGGAUACGUUCUUCUCCUCUCAACCUCAAGACUCUUAUCAAUGCGAUCUCUUCUCGUGUUAACCACACGCGGAGCUGGAUCGUUGCGCUCAAAUCUUUAAUGCUUCUUCACGGUGUUCUUUGUUGCAAAGUUCCUGCUGUUAUCGGAGAGAUCCGUCGUCUUCCUUUUGAUCUUUCAGGUUUCUCCGAUGGUCAUUCUUGUCUUAGCAAGACUUGGGGAUUCAACGUCUUUGUUCGGACUUACUUCGCUUUUCUUCAUCAUUACUCUUUCUUCUUGUCCGAUCAGAUUCACCGCUUCCGUAGUAACAGAAUGAGAUCGGCCGAGAAAGGCGAAACCAUGAUCCAAGAUCUUGAAAGGAUACAGAAGCUUCAGUCUCUCCUCGAUAUGGUUCUUCAGAUUAAGCCCAUUGCUGACAACAUGAAGAAGACGUUGAUUUUAGAAGCUAUGGAUUGUCUCGUGAUCGAGAGUAUCAGCAUCUACGGUAGAAUUUGCAGCGGCAUUAUCAGAAUCCUUCCAUUGGCUGGAAAAACAGAGGCUGCAACGGUUUUGAAGAUAGUCCAGAAGGCAACCUCUCAGGGAGAGGAUCUCACCAUCUAUUUCGACUUCUGCAGAGGUUUCGGUGUCUCAAACGCGCGAGAAACCCCUCAAUUCGUUAGAAUACCCGAGGAGAAAGUAGAAGCUAUCGAGAAAAUGAUCAAAAACGCUGAAGAGAAGCCGAAGCCAGAGAAAAAAGAAAAAGUAGUAGAGGAUGAGAAAGCUAUGAUUGUGUUGGAGCAACCGCAGAAGCUGCAGACCAUCAUCACAGACAAAUGGGAGACUUUCGAAGACGACUAUCGUUGUUUCGACAGAAAAGACAACGAGUAUUAUCAAAAUCAUCUGCCUCUUAUAGUAACGAACCAACCACUUUAUAUCAACUACCCAAUGCCAGAUUUGAUUACCUUCUAGUGUGACAUUACAACAAUCUGGAUAAGAUUGAGAUUUUUUUGUUUGGUUCUGUACAUAACACAAUUUUCUUUACCCGUAUCUGAGUAAAUUCAAAAAGAGGUACAACAUUUUGAGAUACAUUGCCGAGUUUGAUUCCGAGUUCAUAUCAUAGCUUUAACUGAACACAAGGACACAAAAAAAAAAAAAAAAAA